AUGUUCCGUGUGGUUCUGUACACUGUCUAUGCUGUCAAUUCGAGAAUCAUUAAGGGUCAAGGUGUCUGGACGUCGUCGAGGGAAAGGAAGCACUCAGGCAGCAAUAUGGCAUCCGGAGACUUCAACCAUGUCUACAUUGCAGCAGGUGACGAAGAUUCAAUUGCUGUCGGCAUCACCUCCGAUUCAGUUGUCCAACUGCUCGCCAAAGACCUUCCUCAUGCACGACCAAUACAUUCAAGGGCCCCCGUAGACCAGUCUCGCUGGUCAGAUGCAUAUUCCUCCAGUGCUCGUUCCCGGUCAUCCUCAAUUGGCAACAACAGCUCCAGCAUGGGCCACGACAAUCCCGUUCCAGCUAUGCCAACCCUCCAGCAGAAGCCCAGUUAUGACAUCAGUUGGCAACCAGUGGAUGAGAAGGACGAAGUGGGCAUGAGUGAGGAGGAGACAGACGACGAGCACGCUCUGGACGACGUAGACAGCUCAUUUGCGGACGAGGCGCACGAAGAGCGAACAGCGGCAGCAGUCGUGGCAGAGGAAGGGCGCGCCCUUAUCGUUCAGGCAGAAAAUACACCAAUUAUUUCUCUGCAGGUACAACCAGCCACAACCCAUCUUCUUAUCGGCUCAUCAACCACCCCCAACGCUGUUCCCCAGUUCUUAACCAACGUUUUGCCCACAACCGCCUCGACUCUUCUCGCCCUCGACAUCUCCGCCAACUUCCUUGGUGCUCUUCCUCCCGUUCUCGCCGAGUGUGAGAAUUUGGAAGAGCUCAAUAUCGCUUCCAACCCGCUCCGCGUUUUGCCCGUGUUCCUUGCAGAGCUUGCAAAUCUUCGAGUCCUGAUUGCUGAUGCCACUGGUAUACACACUUUACCUGAAGCUUUGGUGGAUCUCGAGAAACUUCAUACCCUCAGCAUCCGACGGAACAAACUCAAUUCGUUACCCAGUUGGCUUUGCCUCCUUCCCGUACUCCAAACACUAUGCGUCGACGGAAACCCAUUCCAGGGCCCUUGGAAGGCGCUUGUCGAGCCCCUUCUGGCUAAAACACCCAUGACACCCUCGUACCCUCCUUCCACACCAAUGUUCCCUUUGCCUUCAGCCCGUCUCAGUGGCGAGGUGGACACAGAUCCAGAGGACACGUCGGACCAUGAUCCUUCGAGCCCUGGUCGAUCAGUUGCUGACAGACACCCUGCGAUCGAAGAAGAGGACCAUACCAUCACGCCAGAACGCGCGCCAAUGCUUGCAAGAUCAGUAACAUCACCGUCAUCCCUGGCCGAAAAUGACGCGCUCUCGAACCAAAGCAGGGCUGGGAAGCAGGCUCCUAUUCCCGACCUUCCCAUCAACCAGGAGAAUGGCAACGAACGCGAGGUCAGGAAAAUGAAAAGCGCCGGAGAUUUAAGGAGAGGCAAGUCCGCCAAUGUCGGUCUGCAUGAUCAACUAGGCGGGUUAGCGCCGCUUUCCAACUACUCCACAUCCGCCUCCAGUUCCAAUCUCCUCAAUUUUGGCACUCCUCCAGCCCUUCCUGCCAAUGCGAAGCGAUUUGCUAGUCUGGGACCCGCUUCCAAUCCGAAUACUCCAGCACGUCCCCCCGGCAAUGCCGCACGUCCUCAGCUAAGCAAAUCGAUGUGGGAUAGUCCGAAUGCAUCCUCGGACUCAAAUUUCUCGAACCCAAGCCAACGUAUAUCGCAGGCUUCUUCCAAUACGGUCGUCAACCCCAUCCCAGAAGAAAGACCGGGUUCCAGUUCCCGGAGACCAUCGAGGGACGGAAAGGAGAGAAGUCGCUGGGGGUUCCUCAAGAAAAUGUCGAUGGGCAAGAUAAAACCAGACAAUACCUCACCAUCUGGGUCUCCCGGCCCACCAACGAGAACGAUCCCCGUUUCUCGCCCUCCCCUUCCUACUGCCCACUCUUCCCCCAAUCCACACGCUCGUCGUACGACCUCUUCUGGUGCCUCGGAAAGAAGCAGGACUCCCCAGAUUGACCUGCGAUUUUCGACUAGUGGAAUGCUGGAUAUGCCAGCUCUCAGUACUCCCCCCUCUCCCCCUCAAAUUCAAAGGCAGUUGUCACGAGAUCUGUUGAAACAGCCUACCGCCCCUGCUUCGCAUCCUCCUCCUUCUACCAACUUCUUAUCUCCCCCCGUGCCUACCCCCAGGGGUGCCAAGCGACGAAGCUUCCUUCCUUUCGAGCAACCAGGAACCCUGUCUAUCCCUAUCCCAGAAGCCUCAGCAUUUGUUCCAAACGUCACCGCGACCAAUGGAUCAGAGGAACAGGACCACAGAAACCCCACACCAAGUCCCACCACUCCUGUUGUGGAUACCGAACAGUAUGUACGACGAGAGGAAGAGAGGGCACGUGAAGCCUAUAUGAGAGCUUUACGAUCGGUGAUGGCUUAUUUGAAGGAUAUGAACGAUCUCGCUCAGUCCCAGCAACCUAAUCCUCUCAGUAUGUAUGGCGACGAGUCGCUGCCGGGUUCAAGAUCCCGUCGUCCUACGGUGGUAGACCGCUCGCGGGAAAAUUCCAUGGUGUCGACGGGGUCUGGUUCAGAAUCUUCGGGAAGUCAAUUGCGUUCGAUGGAGUCAAUUGCUGCUCUCCGAAGUGGCACAAGCAGCCAGACUCUCAGUGUGGCAACAACCGACAGCGCAUCUUCGAUGGACGAACGCAAGUACAAGGACGACAAGGGCAAACGCACGAAGAUCAUCCAGGAAAUUGUCGCGACCGAGCGGACCUACGUCAAAGGGUUGGAGGAGCUCGUGGACAUCUACAUUAAACCGGCUGCAACGCCGGUCAACUUGCUUAGCGGCGUGUCUUCGAGACAAGAAACCGUCGUCCCCGCUCCCGAAAGGAAGGUUGUUUUCGGUGGCAUUGAUGCUCUGUUCUCUUUCCACCACGAAAGUUUCCUGCCCGCGUUGGAGAAGGCGGCUGCACCCUUGUUCCUUCCCAACCACCAGGAAAGGGACGCCGAUGGGAAGAUAUCGCUCGAGGUUGCCAAAGCAGUUGGAGACAUCUUCGUCAAGCAUGCUGCCUUCAUGCGGAUGUAUUCAAGUUAUAUCAACUCUGUACAGCGUGUCAAAUCCUGGACCAGUCCAAGCGGUGUUACGAGUCCUGGGACCUCCAUCUCUCCCUCAUCGAGUUCGGCCCAAUUGUCCAGUUUAGCGAUGUCAAUGUCGGGCUCGGCGGCUCCUGUGGACAUUGUUGGUCCCACCUUGACGAGCAGUCAGAGGAAGAGGAUCAAGGCUUAUCUCAAACGAUGUCGCAUGAACCCACGACAUACUCAACUCAAUCUUGAAGGGUAUCUCCUGCUUCCGGUUCAGAGGAUCCCUCGUUACAAGCUCCUGCUCGAGGAGCUCGUAAGAAGCACUCCACCCACUUAUGAGUACAUGGAAGACCCCCUGGACCGUGCGUUGGCGGAAAUCUCAUCGCUUGCAAACAACAUGAAUGAGGGCAAACGAGAAGCUGAGUCCCGUAGGAAGUUGGUGCAAUGGCAGUCGCGGAUACGCGGGAAGUUCCCCAGCCCUCUCGUACAGCCCCAUAGGCGGCUCAUAAUGGAUGGGCCAUUGCUACUUACUAGGGUGGUCCGCAAGGCCGUGGUUUCAUUCGAGGCCAUAAACCCUCAAGGCGAUGCUUCAACAGUCCAAGUCGAUUGUCUGGCCCCAGAGUUGACGCCUAGACCCUUGGUUGGCAUUCUGUGCAACGAUCUGCUGGUCCUGUGCCGGGACCCCUCGGAAGGAAAGGAUCCCAACUCCCUCGUUGAUCUUUGGGCCGUCCUACGAAUGCAAACGUUACCUCAACCUGCGAGCAUUGUUCACGGCAACGCUCUACGACUCGUGGACAAUAAGGCAAUCCUUUACUUCGAUGCACCGUCACCUUCCGAUGCGCUCAACUGGUAUAGAGCUAUCAACCUUCACAUACCAGCGUCGAAGGCUUGA